AUGCCAAGCACCUGCACCACGGUUGGGCUCAGUCAGGCAUCCAACCCAAUCCCGUCCCGCGCGGUGCAGCGAGCGAGUGGGAGAGCGCAUGCGGGGUUCGCUUGCUACCUCCCUGCCGUGGACGAGGAGGACGAGGGGACGAGGAGGACGAGGAGGACGAGGAGGACGAGGAGGACGCUUUUUCUCUUUCACCUUGCUCUUCUCACAACUGCUUGA